GAGGUUUAUCAAAAAAAUAAAAAUGAAUUACCGUAUGAUCCAGCAAUUCCACUUACAGGAAUAUUUCCAAAGUAAUUGACAACAACGGUUUGUUAAAGAGAUAUAUUUGCAUGUCCAUGGUCAUUGCAGCAUUAUUUACAGUAGCUAAAACAACUGUGAACAGAUGAACAGUUAAGGAUAUUGUGGUUUAUGUAUACAUAAUGGAAUAUUUAUUCAACCAUUAGAAAAAAGAAAUCCUGCCAUUUGCAGUACCAACAUGGAAGGACCUUCAAGUGCCAAAUGAAAGAAAACAAGAAUAAACAACUAAUACAGUCAAAAGCUUUGUCUAGAUCAGAGUCUAAGAGAGAUGGAGGUUUUAAAAAUAAUUGGAGCUUUGAUCAUGGAGAAGAAAGUGAAGGAGAUACAGAUAAAGAUGAGGCAAAUCUACUCAGUGUAGAUGAAGAUGAGGAUUCUGAAACCUCAAAAGGAAAAAAGUUAAAUCGUCAAUCUGAAACUGUUGCUACUAGUUCUGGUGAUCCCUGGAAAACAUGCACAAGACGAAACAAAGCCGACAGUUCAAAAUCUUUGAAAGGCAACUCAAUUGGACUUAACAUGUUGAGCAACAAUAAGAAAUUGAGUGAAAAUACACAAACUGUAUCAUUAUGUUCUGGAGCUGUGGUUCUUGGUAGACGUUUCCAGCAUGCUCUUCUACCAACAAUAAAAACAGCAGCCCAAAGCAGUGUGGACCAAAAGGAAAGGAAAGAAUACCCACCUCAUGUCCAAAAAUUUGAAAAUAAUCCUAUAAGGUUAAGUCGACCCCAAGUUGUUGAUCGUAUGAUGAAGAAAGCGGAAGAGCCUGAAUCACAUCUGGAGUCUGAAAUUAAAAGGAAAGUACCACAGAAACGUCACAGUAGUAUCUAUCAGUCUACUCCUUCUCCUCUGUCUCCUGCUUCAAAAAAAUGUCCAGCCGAUUUAGAGGAUUUGCAAAGAAAUUGCAGACAAGCUGUAACUUUGAAUGAAUCCUCUGGACCAUUAUUAAGAACAUCAAUUCAUCAGAAUUCUGGAGGACAGAAGUCACAAAACACAGGAUUGGCACCCAAGAAAUUUUAUGGCAACAGUGUGGGAAAGGUUCCAAUUGAUAUUAUUGUAAAUUGUGAUGCUAAUAGACAGAAAUAUUUACAGCCUAAUGGGAAAGUCAUUUUACCUAGGGCAAAAAUAGCCAAAAUCACAAACCCUAAGGAAAGGAAAACAAGCCUGUCAGACCUAAAUGAUCCAAUCAUUUUAUCCAGUGAUGAUGAAGAUGACAAUGACAGGACUAACAGAAGAGAGAGCAUAUCUCCUCAACCUGCUGAUUCAGCAUGUUCUUCCCCAGCACCAUCCACUGGAAAAGUAGAAGCUGCACUGAAUGAAAAUACCAGUAGAGUAGAGAAUGACUUAAGAAGCAUUCCAGCAGAUUCAGAGUUAAAUACAGUUACAUUACCAAGAAAAGCAAGAAUGAAAGACCAGUUUGGUAAUUCUGUUAUCAACACACCUCUGAAAAGGCGUAAAGUGGUUGCUCAAGAAACUGUAGUUGAUCCUGUGUCAUUAAGCUGCCAAAGUUCCUUUGAGAGUGUCAUUUUAAACUGUCGAAGUAUACGAGUAGGAACACUUUUCCGGCUAUUAAUAGAGCCUGUAAUUUUUUGUUUAGAUUUUAUCAAGAUACAGCUAGAAGAACCAGAAAAUGAUCCUGUAGGGAUUACUUUAAAUACCUCUGAUCUAACUAAAUGUGAAUGGUGUAAUGUACGAAAAUUACCAGUAGUGUUUCUUCAGACAAUACCAGCAGUUUAUCAAAAGCUGAGCAUGCAACUGCAAAUGAAUAUGGAAGAUAAAGUUUGGAAUGAUUGUAAAGGAAUAAAUAAGUUAACAAAUUUGGAAGAACAGUAUAUAAUUUUAAUUUUUCAAAAUGGCCUUGAUCCUCAGGCAAAUAUGGUAUUUGAAAAUAUCAUUACUGACAUUGGUAUAAAGAAUAAUGUGUCCAAUUUUUUUAUGAAAAUUCCCUUUGAAGAAGCCAAUAGCAGACUUGUUGCCUGUACAAGAACCUAUGAAGAAAGCAUCAAAGGAAGUUGUGUACAAAAAGAAAACAAAAUAAAAAAUGCGUCCCUUGAAUCUAAAAUGCAGCUUAAAAACAAACAAGAAUUCCAGUUUUUUGAUGAAGAGGAAGAAACUGGAGAGGGUCAUACCAUCUUCAUUGGCCCUGUAGAAAAAUUGAUCGUAUAUCCACCACCUCCAGCUAAGGGAGGCAUCUCUGUUACUAAUGAGGACCUACACUGUCUCAAUGAAGGAGAAUUUUUAAAUGAUGUUAUUAUAGACUUUUAUUUGAAAUAUUUGGUGCUUGAGAAACUGAAGAAAGAAGAAGCUGACCGAAUUCAUAUAUUCAGUUCUUUUUUCUAUAAACGCCUUAAUCAGAGAGAGAGGAGAAAUCUUCAUGAAACAACUAAUCUAUCAAUACAGCAAAAACGGCAUGGGAGAGUAAAAACAUGGACCCGACAUGUGGAUAUUUUUGAGAAGGAUUUUAUUUUUGUACCCCUUAAUGAAGCUGCACACUGGUUUUUGGCUGUUGUUUGUUUCCCUGGUUUGGAAAAACCAAAGUAUGAACCUAAUCCUCAUUACCAUGAAAAUACAGUCAUGCAAAAAUGUUCAACUGUAGAGGACAGUUGUAUUUCUUCUCCUUCAGCCAGUGAAAUGGACAGUUGUUCACAAAACUCUUCUGCCAAGCCUGUAAUUAAGAAGAUACUAAACAGAAAGCAUUGCAUAGCUGUAAUUGAUUCAAGUGCUGAACAGGAAGAAAGUGACCCUCGUUAUCGGAGAAACGUAUGCAGUGUGAAAUGUAGUCCGAAAAAAAUUAAUCAUACUGCAAGUGAAAAUGAAGAAUCGAAUAAAGGAGAAUCUGCAUGCCAGAAAGUUGUUGAUAGGACUAAAAGUGAGAAUGGCCUACAGAAUGAAUAUUUAAGUUCUGUGCACCAUACAGAUGGCUUAAGCAAAAUCAGACUAAACUAUAGUGAUGAAUCAACUGAAGGUAGUAAAAUGCUUGAAGAUGAACUCAUCGACUUCUCAGAAGAUCAUGAUAACCAGGAUGAUAGCAGUGAUGAUGGUUUCCUUGCCGAUGACAACUGCAAUUCAGAAAUAGGACAGUGGCAUUUAAAGCCUAAUAUCUGUAAACAACCUUGUAUACUACUGAUGGAUUCACUCAGAGGCCCUUCUCGGUCAAAUGUUGUAAAAAUUCUAAGAGAGUAUUUAGAAGUGGAAUGGGAAGUAAAAAAAGGAAGCAAAAGAAGUUUUUCCAAAGAUGUUAUGAAAGGUUCUAAUCCAAAAGUACCCCAGCAAAACAACUUCAGUGAUUGUGGUGUAUACGUAUUGCAGUAUGUAGAGAGCUUUUUUGAGAAUCCAAUUCUCAAUUUUGAACUACCUAUGAAUUUGGCAAAUUGGUUUCCUCCCCCAAGAAUGAGAACAAAAAGAGAAGAAAUCCGAAACAUAAUUCUUAAGCUGCAGGAAGAACAGAGCAAAGAGAAAAAAAAGAAUAAGGACACUUACUCAACAGAAACAUCUUUAGGUGAAGGAGCAGAACAAUAUGUCAACAAUAUCUCAGAUUGACCAUUUCUGAUGCUUGUCAGUAUUGCUUUCAGAAACUGAGUAACUUUCAACUUUGGAUAUAGACAGUAAAGAACUGAAGUGCUCACUACUCAGAGUGAUUUGGAAAUGUUAAUGCUUGUAUAAAUGUCAUAUAAUUAAUUUUCAAUGGAGUAUGUAUUAAGUAAAAGUGUAAAUAUGUUAAUGAGGCCAAUUUUUCCAACAUUUAUAAUUAUUUUUUUCACUUGUUAGGAAGCUUUUGUUAUGUAUUUUCUGUUAAUAGUACCUAAAAUUGAAACUUCAAAACACAAAAUAAAUAAAAAGAAAAUAUUUAUAGGAGGAAAUGAUUAAUUUGAUAUUCUUUAGUGAACUUAUAUUAAAUUCCAUUUGGGUGUGUUGUGUUUCAUGGGAGCAUUUGAAUAUGAUCAUUUUUUAAUCUUUUGCAUUUGUUCUAAAAUCUGAAAAUGAAAAUAAGAUUAAAUCUAAGACAUUUUGAACAAGAAAGAUAUCUUCAUGUGCUUACACAACAAGAAAAAAAUAGCUUAAUUUAUACAUUCCUUUGUGUUCAGAAACCCCCAACACAAUAAAUAUUUAUAAUUUACGCAAAUAUUUAAGAAGCAGUAAUAAGAGCAACUCAAAGAAAAAUAACCUUGAAUUACAUUACUAAAUAAUUAUUCAUACAUUAUUGGCCAGUACCUUUCUGGAGACAUCACUCAGAUUUGCACUUUGAUAAGUGCAGCUUGAAUUUCAAAUAGCCCAUGUCACCUUUCUAUAUUGUUGCUUAAAGUAUGUUACAAUCUGUUUGAUACAGUUAAUUGCUAAACAUUCAUACAUAGUCUGUAUGAAUGCAGAAUUUUAAAUAGGAAAUUUGUUAUUUUAUUUUCUCAUUGCUUUUUAUACUUGUUGUCUUGAUAGUUUUAGAAUAUUUGUGCUUGAUUUUUCAAUGUAAAUUAUUUUUUACAUGUGAAAGUACCAUCUGAAAUCAGUUGCAUAAAGCAGAAAAAAUCAUUUAAUUCCCUUUAAAAAUACAAAAAUGUGAUGAUUUUGAUAUCAGAUGUACAACUUACGUAGGUAAGAACUACUCACUAUUUUCCAAAUGAAAUAUUAUAUGCAUUUCUUUCAAAUUAACUUUGAGGCUUGAAAUAUAUAUUUUAAAAGUAAUUUUUUGUUCAAUAAUGGAUUUUCAAAUGCACAUAUAGCAAAGGUCACUGAGAAUAAAAGGAAAAACAUUUUUAUCAUUAGCAGUUACCUUUAAACUGUCCAUUUCUGGCACUGUAACCAAAGUUAGGUGACUUUCUUCAGUUAAUAAUAAAGUUUGUUAGCAUGUUUGGAGUAGACCAGUGAUAUGGUUAACAACAGUCAAAAUCUGUUGACACACACUUACUAAGGGAAAUAUAAAAUGUAAACUUAGCAACAUCACUAUUAGUAUUAAUUAUAGAUCUGUUACUUUGAAUUAUCUUAACAUUUUUAUUUCAAGUUACAUAAUCUUUUAUAAAGAAUAUUUUAGUGCUGUUAGCCCAUAUGAAAAACAGGGAUUUUGUUAUUUACUGAACAUGGAAAAGUGGUUUUGGGUCUUUUAAUUAAAUUAGGACAAUAAAUAGAAAUGUUUUCUUUAAAAAAAAAAAAAAAAAAAAACCCUGAUAGCAAUAAGCAAAACUGACAUACUGAAUUUUUUUUAAUGUACCGUAUUUUGUCAGAGUGAAAAUGAAAAUACUGAAAAAAAACUACUCUAAAAUGCUUAU